CCGGAUUAUAAAACAUGAGCACACCUGUGACCGUCAACAUGGCAUCCAGUCGUCCCGCUAUUUCUAGCGCCAUUAAAAGGCCCUCGAUCGACGAAGCAACACUCAAGUCCCGCAUUGGGAAACACCUCUCCGACGAGUGCACAAAACUCGUUCCCUUCGAACAAUGUACGUAGUCAGUUGCCGCCAAGCAUAUUUUCAAUUUUCACCUUGAGAUUAUGGGAACUUGAAGGUGGGCACCAUAUGACUUAUAUUGCUCAUAUGGGAAAGCGACAACCAGCGCUGUUCAUUCGAGUCCAAUGGUCCAUUCUAAAACAUGCCGGCUGCGGAUUGGCCUUCCCAUCUACCAUGCGCUCUGAGGUUUCCACCAUCCGUUUCCUGAAAUCCAGGACCAAAAUUCCUGUUCCUGAGAUUUUAGUUCACGACCUGGACGCUGAUGGGAAAGUCGGAGGUGAAUGGAUGAUCAUGGAAUAUGUCGAUGGAGAGAACCUUUCUACAAUAUGGAGGUCCCUCGAUACGAAGCAGUGCGAACAGGUUUGCUUGGCUAUGGCGGAUGUAUGGGUGCAGAUAAUCAGCAACACUUUUAAUUCUAUUGGAAGCAUAUACGAGAGAAAUGGAGGGGAGUUCAUGAUCGGACCCAUGACGCGCCUAGCUUCAAACCGGACCAGCUCCAUUGCCCCGCCACAACUUGAGAAAUGUGGUCCAUUCUCAAGCGUGAAGAGCUGGUUACUAGCGACUGCACGGCGAGACUUGGAUUACAUGGAAGCACCUGAAGACGCCGAUACCUCCUCCCGAUGUCAGCAUUUCAUCGACGACGUCGUUUCCAAAAUCGAGCAUUUUUCCUUCCCUUAUCCAGACUUACCUCUCGUCCUCGAGCAUAUAGACUUCGCUCCGCGGAACAUUUUGGUGAGCCGGACGGACCCGACGAAGAUAGUAGCAGUUAUUGACUGGGAGGGAUCGCGCUCCGUGCCAAUGUGGGCUGCUAAUCCAAAUUUUACAUUCCCCCCGGAAUCAGUGACGGAGGAAGAAAGGAAACGCUUGCUCACGCUGCUGACGAACCGUAUAAUCUCUCAGGUUCCUGCAUGGGAGAGAGCUAUAGGGGAGGAACUUCAACCUCUGCGAAUCUUGUAUGAUCGCGCGACAUAUAGCAAAGUCGAUCCUAGUGUACUGCCUCAUGCUCCAUAUCUAGCCAUGUCAGCUUCAUAUUGAACUUCUAACCAG